CUUCAGAGAUGUCGGUCAGCCUCGCCGUCGUCACCGUGCUCGGCGUCCUGGAGCAAGUGUAUUUCUUUCUGCAGGUGUACUAUGUCGGCACGCCCCAGUUUGAGCGGAACUUCAGAGCUCAACUGAAGUGUUUCCCGAUCUUCCUCAUCGUCCUGUGGAUCUCCAUAGUCUUCUUCGAUGAAGCCCUGUCCUGCCUCUGUGGUGUUCUGUAUCUUUGCACACGUCUCCAGGACUUCCAUGGACUUCCUGCUGGGGGACGGCUGUCCCCCUUUCUCUUUCUGCUGAUCUGGUUCUGCUUGAUCGGGGUUCUGUCUACCGGAAGCUGGACCUGAUCAAAGGGAGGCGUGUGGCGCAGUGGACUAUAGUGUGUUGGUGUUGGGAUCAGGGGAGCACAGGUUCAAACCCCACUG